AUGGAUGGAGAAAAGAAGAGACCCCGCCGCAAGACAUCAACCUCGGAGCGGAAGGCUUCGCGUAAAUCCAGAUUUUUUGUAUCAAACAGCGGCACCGAACUGGCCAUUGCCCAGAACCCUCGGUUAUCCGCUGUCUCCUCCAUUCCGGUUGACCUCGGCGCUGUCGUCUCGCAGCGCAAACUCCAAGAAGCCGAACGCCUCCUGCACCAAAUGAGCGCACCGGCGCUUCUCCAACUAAAACGUCUCCUCCGUGGUAAAGCCGACGCGGUACAGCGCGACCUCGCUCUCCUCGAAGAGAACGAGACAACCCUCUGCGAACUGGGCACGAAGCUCCAAGAAGAGAAAAGCACACUGGAAGACGACAAAUGCCGGUUAUCCGAGCAGCUGACCAUGAUGCGCGACAAUCUGUGCAAAGUGACUAACUUCAGUUGCCAGAUAUUUGAAUUACGCGGCGGCGCCGUGAUGGAGGAGACGGUGACGGAUCAGUGGACGGAGCGAGCGGAUAUGCUGCAGAAAAUGGAGCGGAUGAUUGCCAAGGGGAUCGAGGAAGACGCCAAGGUCACCAAGGAGUUUGAGGCGGCGGAGAGGGACUGGCAGAAGUUGAUGCUGGAGUAUGCCGGGUAUGAGCAGCAGAUUGUCGCGGCGCACAACCGCCGCGAGGAUCUACAGAACCAGAUUAGAAAUUAUGAAGAGUUGUCCAAGAAGCAGGAAAGUCAGUUGCGAGAGCUGAAGUUGUUGCGGAAGGAGCAUGGGGAUGAGAUGUCGAAUCGUGCGGCCGGAAUUGCGCUGCUCAGGCAGAAGGUCAUCGAGCAGCUGGGGCCGGAGUAUUCGCUAGACAGAGUGGAUAAAGUAAUUACAGGUCACCAGCAAUUCGAGCACGAUUUAGAGGAGACGCUAGUGGAGGUGCAGGCGUUAGUCAUGCAGGUGGAAAGCGACCGACGAGAUUCGGCAGCAUGCGCUGGAAGUGGUGCUGGAGAAAGCGCAGAAGCCGGGACACCACGGUGUGGAUGAGAACAUCUGGGCGGAGAUUGUCCGCACGCCCAUCAAGGUCUCGGAGACCGGGCUGAAAGCGCGCGUAGCCGAUUUAACGGAUAUGGUGCAGUUUAAAGAUAAGGCACUGGCGCAGCUACUGGGCGAAAAGGAUGA